GCGGGUUGGCGACUCGUCCACACCGACCUGCUGAAUAUUGAUGAGGCGGAUCAGACGUGACGCAGCAGCGCCAGCAUAAAUGCUCCAGCGGGAGGAGGAGAGGCAGCCACACCGGAGGACCAGAGGAUCCGCCUCAGUCGAGACCCAGCAGAUUCCUGUGACAACAACCAAGUGGACGAUGGAGGCCUUACGAAUCGCCAUUUACUUGUCCAUCUGUCUGUCCGUGCUGACCACAUUCUGUCAGGGUCAAAGGUCGCUGGACCAGCCCUUAAUUGGCAUGAACACCCAGCAACUGGCUGACGCGCUGCAGAACCUCCUGGACGAGGACGAUGGCGUCGGCCUAUCAGUGGAGAAAAAAGCCAGCGUCAUUCCUCGGUGUGACGUCGGCGAGCGGUGCGCGAUGAAACACGGACCCCGGAUCGGCCGGCUGUGCGACUGCCUGCGAGGGACCGCGUGCAACACCUUCUUCCUGCGCUGCUAUUGAACACACGUCCGUCGGGUUUGAGAGGUCAGAGGUCAACUUUUAAACAAAGGUGUGGUGUUAAGAUCGACAAGCCCACUGUUGGUGUCUGCUCACAUUUAUGCACUUCACAAAGCCAAACACUAGAGGGCGGUGUCUUUUCCCGUUACGUCAAAUAUAUAACUAUUACAACUCCAAAACAAGCCCACAUUAACACAUAAAUCGUGGCUAAAAUGUUGUGAAUUUGUUUGAUCGAUAUAAGCUGUGUACAUUUCCUCACCCACUCAACAUGGAUGUUUAUUAAAACCCACUCAUUUUAUUGUCACUUGUGCUGUUUCAACAUGUUUAAAUAUCAUUCAAAUAGGUUUUCACCGCUAACUAAAGUGUGAAUACAUGCAAGUUGACUUCCGCUGGCUGUUUCUCUGUUGAAACUAUGUACUUUUGUGUAAUAAAAAUCUUGAAAUGACCAUU